GUAUAAAAUAUUGUGAUUUCCAUGAUUACAGUAUUUGUGAAAAAUAUGUUGCUUAGAUGAUAACAUAAUUUUUUUAAUUAUUUUAAAAACUAACAAAUUGACAACGUUUAACUCAUUUUGAAAGUUAAAAGUUCUGGUUUAAUCAGUACUUUCCGGAUUGCAGUAUUUUCCGGAUGUUUAAAAAAUAUUUACUCUUAGUCUUGCCAAUUGGUAUUCCCUUGGGUCGGCAAUUCUCGCGGUAUUCUAUUGAUGCUUUCGGAAUCCAGGCGGUACUUUAAUCGAUGUGACAUCAUGGAACCACGCCCUCUGUUGGAGUCUAUAGGCAGCAUAUUUCAGCAGAACCAGGCAUCACAAGAUGAGAAGGUGGCUAGGUUCAAGACCCAGAGAGAGGCAGAGCUGGCUCACGCUGCAUAUAUCACUCACACCGUAGCUGAUCCAGGGCAGCUGGCCCGCGCACAGUACAUCGCGGGACACUACGCCAAGAAAAAUGGCAUGUCUGGAACACAUUUCAGAGGCGUUCGAGCUGUACCUGCAAACCCAAAUAUUGAUUUGAUGAGUGCUGGUUCCCUUUCCACAUCAAACCGGAACAACUUUACUGGGGACCAGCUCAGUGAAGCACAAAAUAAAACAACCUUACAUAACAGAGCGCAAAUGCAGAGGGAACAGCUGCUAAAUAGAGCAGAGAUAAGGAGAAAGAAAGUUAUAAGCAAGAAGGACCACAUACAAAGCUCUGAUGUAGUUAUAAUUGAUAGUAGCUUGGAUGAAUCUGCUAUACUGAACACCUCAUUGAGUAACUCCUUCAAUAACUUUCAGACUCAGUCUGUGGAGAUCAAAGCUUCUUCACAGAACUGUUCUUUGGAUGACCCUCUGUCUACAUUCAAAUCAGGAGUUAAAGAUGCGUCUGCCAACAGACCACCAGUUGAGACACAAAGUGGUUCCCAUUCAACGUCCAGCCCCAAUAACCCUACAGGGGACCAGUCAAAACCACGAAGGAACCGAUCCAAAAUAACAAGGGGUCCGCCAAACCCAACAGUGGACCAGUCCAGUGAAGUGGGGAAAAACAAAAAGAAAACAAGGAGUCGAUGGUCAUGUAGAAUUUUGAAUUGUGAAGCGACUUUCUCCGAUGAGAUCAUUCUUGCUCAUCACAUGAAUCUGUUCCAACACUCCCCCUGUAACCCUUGCAUAAGGACCCUCGACUGCAAAUUGCUGCCGGAUCCCUUGGGGUAUGUGUGCCCCGAAUGUGAUAAGAAUUUUGCGGACCUGAUCUCAUGUAAGAACCACAUCAAUAAGAAGCCAGGGCACCUUGGCAUCUUCCCUCCAUUAGAGGUGGCUGCCUAUAUGUGUGCCCAGUGUUUACAGCUGUUUAGCACCCGGGAUGAAUGCACCUCACAUCUAGAGGAGAGCAAACACAGCACCAUCAGCUAUCCAUUCACAGAGGACUGCUAUGUUCAGAGUUCGCCCCUGGAGCCUAUACCGGUGUUUGCCCCCCUAGUUGUGGACUUCAUGGCGCGCUGUUCUAAGAAACCCUACUCUGUGCAGUGCCUGGAGUGUGGUCUGCUGAUGGAGACACCUGCCUGCUAUAGGAACCACAUGUUGGAAACACAGAAUCAGCAUGUCGUGUCGGCCUUCACCGAAGCCAACGUUGUGGAUACAUUUGCUGAGUAUCUGGCCAGUUACUCAUGUACCUCGUGUCAUCGCUUGUUAGAUAGCAACACUGACGGAAAGAAAAGACACGAAUGCGGAAAUGGUGUACACGGAGAGAUCGUGGAAAAUGACACAAGGUCAUUCAAGGAAUUUCUGAGGCGCUGUGCCUUGACACUUGUAAGACCUGUAAAUGUUGAUCCUGACCCUGGACCCAGUGGCGUUGUGAGUGGAGUAAAGAGGAAACGUAGUCAGGUGUUGGUAGGCAGCCAAGAAGGGUCGUCCCCUGAAAGUGAAAGGGCAGGAGUGCAGAAGAGUAGGCUGAAGUUGGUGCUGAGCGACAGUGACGAUGACUGCGUGGUGGUGGAUACACCUCAAAAGACUGGGGCCUGCAGAGUUCUCAAUGAAAUGUCAGUCAAAAGUGGGCAGAAGAUCACGGUGGCUGAUGAGUGUCGUGAUAAAGAUGAAACUGAAAAAUCAGAAAAAUGUAAUAAAGCUACAUAUACUUUUAAGCUGGAUCAGAUCAAAUUCAAUCAGAUCCCAGGUGUAAGCCGGCUUGGUGAAGGUUUUAAGGCAAUAUUCGGUCAGAAUCAAAAUACAGAAAAUGAAAAUAUUAAAAAAAAAUCAAAACAAGAUAGCAACAAUAGUUUGCUUAUAAAAAAUGAUGAAAUAGAAGAAGCAAAGAAAGAUUUUAGUUUUCUCCAAACAAGAGAGUUUACACCACCAGACUUCAUGUUACCUGGCUCCAGUCAGACCGCUGCUUCCACAAGAAGUUUAAGAAGUUCAGACCCAAAAGCAGGCAGCAGCAACAGUCAGGAAGCGGACUCCCAGCUGAGCAAGCGGGACCGUUCCAGGAGCCCCAUAGAUGACAGCCCAGUCAGCACCCCGAACCUCUCCCGUAUGCGCCACUUGAUCUUCCUGGACCUCGACAACUUCGGCUGCUUCUUCACGCGUCUCCCCCGACCCCUGCCAGAUGGGACAUUUGUGUGGGCCUUCCAAGGGGGCAAGGUUGCCUGGUUCGAGCCCCACAAGUGUGCCCUGCUGCAGGACAUGAAGCAGAGGCGGGAGUUCUAUCUGCACCAGAGAUGUGGCACCACCAAGGACGCCGCAGACUUUGCCAUUGUGCUAACAGUGGGUAAGAUGCAUGAGCGCCUUCCUAAGGAGAUCCCGUUCACGAUCGUGUCUGGGGACAAGGGUUUCCUCGAGGUAGAGCGCCAGAUGAAGACUGAGCAGCGACGGGCCAUCGUUGUGGACCCACACGCUGCACUGAAGGAGUCCCCUGAGAUGAUGUACAUCCUCAUGAACAGCAUCAUCGAUGUGUAGCAUAGAAUAUUUAUAGCCUAUUUAUAUGUGAUUAUCGUUGAUUAAUAAAAACUCGCAUGCCUGUGUUCAAUCAUGAUCUGCAUAGUACUUCUGUUCUACAAAAUUAUUGUGCUCUUAUGUUUAGUUAAAAUCUUCUGAUUUCUUGUCUGUUCAUUUGUGUAUUUUCAGUUAUUGUGGUUGUAUGUUUGUAUUUAUGUUCUACUGCUGUACAGAAAUGAGCUAUUUGAAAAUGUCAUGGUAUGAUGCUAUGCAUGAUGAGCAAUAAAUUUAUGAAAAUUA